UGAUAAUGGCGACCGCGUCGGCAAGUUCUAGCGCGUUAGUUGGUUACAAAGUUGGCGAAAUAUCCAAAGCAUUACAUUCAAAGACUGAAAGCAAAACGAGAGCAGAUGACAAGCUAAAUUCCUUGUUCAGUUCAGCUAAAAUAAUUCAGCCUGAAUUUGAAGCAAUUGCUCCAAAGACAUCUAAAACAUCUGCAGGGGAUGCUCACAAGUUUAAAGAAACUGGAGACCAAGGUUUUUGUAGCCAUUCAAAGAAAAGAAAGGAAGUGUCAAGUGAUGAUGAAGAUAUGAUGGUUAAGAAUACCCAUAAAAAAUGCAAGAAAUCCAGUGAGGCAGUGGAAAAUCCAGAAAGACUAGCCAGGACUGUCUUUGUUGGAAACCUUCCAGUGACAUUUACUAGAAAGAAACUGAAACAGAUGUUUGCCAAUUAUGGUGAUGUGGAGAGUGUUAGAUUUCGCUCAGUGGCACUUGCUAAACCAGGCCUAUCAAGAAAAGUGGCAAUGAAAAAAAGAGAGUUUCAUCCAGAUCGGCACAAUAUCAAUGCUUAUGUUGUCUUCAGAGAGAGGGAGUGUGCGGUCAAAUCUUUAAGCAGUAAUGGUUUGGACGUUGGUGGGUUUCACAUCAGAGUUGAUAUAACUAGAAAAGAUAUUGAGCACGAUCACACCAGAUCAAUAUUUGUUGGAAAUUUACCUUUUGAUACCGAGGAGGAACCAUUGAGGCAAGCCUUCAGUGAGUGUGGUGAAAUUGAGGGUGUUCGAAUUGUUAGAGACAGCAAAACUGGUGCAGGAAAAGGCUUUGGAUUCAUUCUCUUUAAGGAAAGAGAUGGGGUGAUGUUUGCCUUGAGAAGGAACAAAAUAGAAUUUCAAGGUCGACAUUUGCGAAUCUUCCCAUCCACAGAAAAUCCCCAUUUAGGUCAGUCAAAAAGUCUCAAAAACAGUAAACCUGUGGCUUAUUCAUUCAGUGGAAUCACCUCUAAGAAAUCUACAAAACAUCACUGUAAAGGAAAAAAACACGGUAGAGGUCCUGCAAGAAUUAUGCAAAAGACAAGAAACAAAGUGUAAAAAGUUCUUUAACCCAAAACAAUAGAAAUAAGAAAUUGAAAUCAUUAUGGAAUACAAAAGGAACUGCCAAGGUUUCAAAGUCAAAUAACACCUAAAGAAAUACAAAAGGUUGGACAACUUAAAAAAGAGAAAUAUGUUACAAGAUAAAACAGUUUGAAUAACAUCUAUAUUUCUUGUCUAGUGUUCCAUAAGAGGAAACUUUACAUUGAAUCACAAUAAAAAACUAAAAGAUA